AUGCUGCAGGUUGGCGGUUACGAUCCCGAUGCCGUAUGGCCAACAGGAAAGGCGAAUGAGAAAGAUGAUGCGGUGCGUUGUGUCUGUGGUUCGUUGGAGGAAGAUGGAGAAAUGACGCUUUGUGACACCUGUAACUUCUGGUUACACAGUGAAUGCUUGCAAGAUGUUGACCCAGAUGCUGAUGAGUACAAAUGUCAAUUCUGCCGUGGAACCAUCCCUGGAAAUCGCCCUUCCAGUGAUGUUGUGCUCGCCAAACAGCCGGAGAUUCGUCUAUAUGCGUGCACAUAUUAUAAGGCCCUCGUGAACAAUCGCUCCAUACAAGUUCGACUCAAUGAGACUGUCCAUGUCAAGAGAACAGCUGGCGACGAUCAUAAGAAAAUCCUGAAAAAGUUGAUGGAUGCCCUCGUGAACAAUCGCUCCAUACAAGUUCGACUCAAUGAAACUGUCCAUGUCAAAAGAACAGCUGGCGACGACCAUAAGAAAAUCCUGAAAAAGUUGAUGGAUGUAAGCGAGAAAAAGAAAAAGAACAGCGAAGAAGAAAAGUUUGAGGACAUACCGUCAGCAAAUAAUACUCGAUUACCAUCUGAGACAUUCCAUAGAAAGGAUUUGCGAGUGUUCCGUGUCGAGAGACUGUUCACAGCACCUGGUGGACAUCGUUUCGUAUUUGGCUUCUAUUACGCUCGGCCACAUGAGACAUUCUGCGAUUCGCAGAGA